AAAGAAGAGUAAAUGUUAACCUGUUGAAACAGUGUAGAGCAUUGGACACCACUUAGCGAAGAAAUUUAGUAAAGCGACGUACGACAGUUUACAAGCCAAUAUACCCUUCAAUUUGCCUACUUCGCAGAAAUAUUGUACAGAAUAAUUGAUGGUACAAGCAUAUGCAAAAAGCUUAUUGUUUUUUUUAGAUUUCAUUCGAUAUGGAAACGUACAGUUGGGUUUUUGUAUUCGUGAUAAUUUGCACAGUAACUAACAUCAUAUACCAUAACAGCUUCGAACAUUUUGAAGAACGGCGACCAUAUCCAACUGCAAGACCUAAAAUCAAAUUUCCUACUAUCAAUUUUACCAAAUAUAAACAAUUCUUUCCAAAAUAUUCUCCAUAUUUUGGACUUUCUUAUUUAUACGUUUAUGGCCGACCACGCAGUGAAUUUCUGGACAAAGGUUUUGAACAGGAACUUGAAGAUUGGCGAGUUUUUUUUCCAGAACUCAUGGCUUCUUUAAACAAGUUCAAUCAACGAAAGCAGAAUACGGACUUCACUUUAAAUACUUUCAGCAACUCUAGGGUUGUAAUCGUCGAUAAAAGAACAGAAUAUAAAACUGGGGAUAUAUUGAAUGCUCGAAUUGAUGCUUAUGAUUGGAAAGAAAACAAAAGAUCUUUCGGUGGAGAUUAUUUUGUCGCUAGAUUAGUAUAUGGAGACGGUUUAUACCCUGAUGGUAUUGCUGGUAUAGUUACUGAUCAUCGAAAUGGAACGUACAGUAUCAGAGUGCCACUGUUGAUUCCGGGCGAAGCACGACUUGAAGUGAAACUCAUGAUACCGCUUGAAGGAAUAGCUGAACUUAUUAGAUGUACGUCCCUAAGAAAAUUUCUAGGAACGACAUACAUCGCUACAUUUGAGACGCUAGAAUCUACUGAGUGCAAUAUUGACCUACUGAGUUUUACUAAAUUGACACCUAACGAGAUAUGCGAUUACAGCAACCCACGCAACCAGGAACCUUGGUUUUGCGUCAAACCACCGUCGGGAAAAUGCUCAAAGAUUAUAAAGUUAACAUUUGACAGAAACAAACCAUCAGUGUUUGAUUCUACAAAUGAAAUUUGCAACGAAAAUUUGCUCCAACAACUUGGGAGUAGUAAACUCAUUUAUGGCUCUGGUUUGAAAAUAUCAAUCCAACGACCUGGUUUUCAGUCACAGCAGUUGCCGAAGUUGCCUCUGUGCAAAACUAGCUUAAAUGGAAUUACAACAGCACGACCGAAUGGUUAUUUCGUUAACGGCGUGUGGAAGUCUACGUUUUGUAAAAACAACCUCAAAUCUUUUGCUAAAGCUGCGUCGUGUUUUCAUAAUAAAGACAUCUAUUUCUUGGGCGACUCUACGUCAAGACAGUAUUACUAUUUGUUCGCAAAAAUGAUAGGAAUGGAACCAGUCUACCGGGAAGACGGGACUGAGAUUUCGUUAGGUGACGGUUGGAACCAACCGAGAACAUUUCAAUCAGGAAGCACUCAGAUGUACUUUCGGGGCCACGGCACACCCAUGCAGAAUUCUGGCCAUAUAGCCGCCAUGCCUUAUGUGAGUGACAUGUUAGAUGAAAUAACGCCCGGUGAAAACGAAGUGGUUGUUAUUUUUAAUCUGGGAUUACACGUUUUGUAUUUUGAACCUUCUUUCUUCAUUCAUCGUAUGCGGGGAAUUAAGGAUGCUAUGUUACGACUCAACCAACGACGAGCAAACGUUCGCGUGAUAUACCGAAGUCAACGAGUUUUGGAUAUCAACACUAAUAGAACCAACGGCUGGCUUGCAUAUCGUUAUGGAGUUCUUACUCGGGAGAUAUUUAAAGACGUUAAAAACUUGUUUUAUUUUGAUUUAUGGGAUUUAUCCAGCGUUUGGCCGCUUAACCACUUUCAUCCUAGGCAAGAACAUUUAGAACAGGAAGCACUUUACUUGUGCAACUUCAUCUGUAACGGAAAACGAGUAUAGUAGAUGCUAUAUGAGACGCACGUAUUUAAAGUAUUUGGUGGCGAUUUACAACUAUAUAGUCAAAUCAGACCACCAGUGUAACCGGACCGUUAGUUGUCAUGGUGCUGUACUUAUACAGGAUACAUUACGAUUACGGCGAUUCAUUAAUAAAUUAUGUAUUUCG